AUGAAGAGUAAUUCUGUAAACAAAAGUGAACAACAAAUCCUAAAGGACAGUCAUUUCUUAUCAGACCAAAUCGCUGGUAAACUGAAGAGACCAGCAGCAACUGGUAUGGGCAUAUCACCGGAUCCCAAGAGAACGAAUGUACCUGAUAUUGUCAUUCCAGAAGAAAAAGAAGAUUGCAAGUCCAAUCUUCUUUCCAAGUUUGAAGACCAAAACUCCUAUAUAAGUGAUGCAGAGAGUGAUGGAAGUGUCAGUAUUCUAUUGCCAGAUUGCAAGAAAGAAAAUAAAGAGAAUAUCUUGAAUAAAGGAGAGUCUUCAAAUGGUGAUGAUGUUUUAAGAAGUAAAAUGAAUAAUGGUGACUUAAAUUCUUUCAUAAAGGAAGACAGUUGUAAAUCACCAGUAAAAAGUGAGAAAACAAAUAGCAUUAAAGCUGCCAGUGAUUCAGAUGUUCUUGACCAUAAAGACAUAUCAGAGGUCCUUGAAGCUUCUCAAGGUUUUAUGGCUGACAUUGCAUUUGAUGAUGUAGAACAAAAAAACAAGAGCCAUCCCAUACCUGAAACACAAGAGGAUUCUAUGGACCACUUAUUUGAUGAUGAUUUAGCUGUAGAUUUUGAGAAGAUGUCACCUUUCAAGCAGGAGGUUCAACAAGUGCCACCAGUUGAAAAUAAAGCAAUAAAGAAGCUGUUGUUUGAGGGUUUGGGUGAGGAGUCAUUUUCAAUGAAAGGGGGCUUUGGUCGCCAUGUUGUGAGUGCUGUUGAGCGCAACACUUAUAAAGGGGAGGUAUUACUAAGGCUUAUAUCAGUACAGGAUAAGAGCAACAAGACCUGCACUCUUGGUGGAUUCUGGUCACAGAGUAUGGUUUCAGAAGGAGACAUUGUUCACAUUUUAUAUACAGAGGCUUCAGAGGAUGGACACUUCACAGUAAACAAUACUCAGGGUCUCAUUGUGAUCAACCCAGACUUCCUUAUCUCUGGAACUUCUGUUGUGUCUGGUGUCUUCUGUCGCCGAAAAGCAGUUUUGAAUGAACGUUUCAGAGGUCUAGAUCCGGGUAACCAGCUGAUGCUUAUUGGUUCUCUUGUUCAUGAGCUCUUUCAAGAGGUGGUGAAGAAGAAGAUCAAGUCUCGGGAGCAGUUGGAGCAUCUAGUAAGAGAACUAAUGUCACAGCCAAAGAUGCUGCAGGAAAUGUAUGGACUCGGAGUAUCGGAGGCGCACAUAUAUGAGGAAAUGAAUAACUUCAUCCCUCACAUUAACACUUGGUCUCAGAGAUACCUGGGCAACGGAAAAUUACAAGACAAGGUUGAAUUAAAAGGUCAAUCAAAAAGGCAGUGGGCUGGCCAGAUAACAGAGAUUCAAGAUAUUGAAGAAAAUGUUUGGUCUCCAAAGUUUGGUGUGAAAGGCAAAAUUGACAUGACGGUCAAGACUAAUCAAAGAGGAAUUACAAAGGUGGGGAGCCUGAUAGUAAUUCAAAGAAAAUUGUCAGAUUGGUCUGACGUGGACCAAUUGCUAAGGUUCUUUUCCUUCCAAAGAAUGGAGUUUAAAGGAGAGCCUAUAUGUCACUGUAAUAGAUAUAUUACAGGAGUGUCUAACACAUACUAG